AAUAGUUGCCGGUGUUUCCUUGACUGUUGACUGGACUCUGCUUGAUUUAACAAAAGCUGUGAGUUUUGAACUGAUGCUUCCAACGACAUCUUCUAACAACAAAACCAAGUUAAAAUCCAGCGCUGGAAUCCUUUUCACAAAGGAUAUAUUGAGAGCUGUGAUGUUGGAUACAUACAAAACUAAUGAUUCAUUUCUUUCAGGAAAAUAUAUAUCAGCUACACUGCAGGAGAUAGUUUCAGACGAAGCUGUUCAGAAUAGAUCUGCCAGUGCCUACCACCCAAACCAUAUCAGGAAAACAAGGCAUAUGCUUAGUUUCAG